AUGGCAAAAAAAAGUAGUUCAAAAAGAGGAAGAGAAUCUAAAACUUUAAGCACUAGAAAUACACCUGAUUCUUUGAAAAUUUCUUCUUCUAAACAAAUAUUUGCAACAACUUCAAAAAAAAGAAAACUUGAACCAACAACUACAAAAAACUUCAAAAAGUUAUCAUCAAAGGGUCUAUUAACAUUACAUACUUUUAUACAAAAUACUCAAAAUCAAAAAAGUAGUUUAAAAAGUAAAAAAGUUUAUAAAAAUACUAUUCCACAAAUCAAUAAAAAAUUAUAUAUUUAUGAUUGUAUAGAAGAUAAUGAUGAUGAUAGUUUUUAUAGAGAAAUAGAUAAUAAUAAUCUUGAAGAAAGAGGUAAUGGUUGUGAAGAAAGAGACAAUGAUUAUGAAGAAAAAGAAGAAAGAGGUAAUGAUUGUGAAACAAGUGAUAAUGAUUAUGAAGCAAGUGAUAAUGAUUGUGAAUGUCUUGAGAAAAUGAGACAUUGUCAAAGUGCCUUUGCUAAAGAUAUACGGCUUGCACUUUUUAAAUUUUUUCCUGAAGUUCCUGAAAUCAAAACAAAUGCAGAAGCAAAAAUUGCAGAGUGGAAAAAAAAUCUACAUGUUUCUGAGGCAUAUGAUAGAUUAUAG